AUGGCCGUAUGGUACACAUCGAUACCGCGAGGAAAGGGUCGCGGGGUCCUUUCGGGGCCAGCUCCGGUGGUUAGUAGUAGGGACGGUUUGGAGCUCACGGACCAAAAUAGCGUGGGCGCAGUGCAGCAGUCGACUCACAUGCGUGCUGACCCGAUGAAUGUCUACAGAGUUGGUGGGGCGGAUUCAGCACUGAUCCAGCAUAGGUACUGCCGGUCAAGGAGUCUCAACGCGAAGGCCUCGUCACUCGGUAGGCAUCGCGCUGUGGACCAUCUAGUAGCUGUUCCUCUGAAGUACUAG